ACCCCAUUGGGUGGGUUGGGGUGAGCUUGGGAAGUUCAGCUACUGGUCUGCUAGGGAGUUAAGUGGUGCCACUGUCACCUGAGCGGGCAUCAAAUUACCUGGGUCCAGGUUUCACUUGAGGUAAAGCUGAGCCUGCUCCUGAGCCUCCAUCUGCCUCAGACCUGGGUGAGUCCUACUGUGGGUGUCUGAGGGGACACCACUGGCUAGGGAAAGGGCUCUUACUGGGGAUCCUCACUGGCUGCCUGUCCCCAGGCCUCCAGCUAUGGCCCUGCCCCCAUCUGUGGACGGUGGGCCUCACUCAGAGGCCCUCAACCAUCCUCCUGGAGCCCCUAGGGAACUGGACAUCGCUGAAUGCACCAUCUGCCCUGUUUCUGAAAAGGAAAGAAGCAGGCCAGAGCAAGCCCAGAAACUGGACUCUUUGGACCCUCCCGAGCACUUAUGGGGUGGGCUGUGGGACUCUGAGCCUACAUCUGGUCACCCCAGAUUGCCAUCGCCUUCUUCCCAUGAGGACCCCACUGGGGGCAAACACCGUGAGAGCCCCAUCUCUGGCUGGGAGGUAUUGGAGGCUGAGCAGGACAGCCUGCACCUUUGCCUAUUGGGCCUGGGCCUCUGGCUGCAGGACCUAGAGCGAGGCCUGGGGCCCUGGACAUCAGCCCAGAUCGGGAUGGUCCAGCUGCAGACCCUACAGGCAGACCUGCGUGGGGCAGCUGAGUGUGUAGAUGCACUGCUGGCAUUCAAUGAAGGGCUGGCGCAGCGGAGUGAGCCUCAGGCCCGGGCACCCCUGCAGCAGGUCCUGAGGACCCUUGGAGCCCAUCGAGACAGCAUCUUCUGGAGGCUGUGGCGGCUGCAGGCCCAGCUGGUCAGCUACAGCCUGGUAUUUGAGGAGGCCAACACACUGGACCAGGAUUUGGAGAUUGAGGCGGACUCGGACUGGCCAGGCCCUGGUGGGGUCUGGGGACCCUGGACACCCAGUAGCCUCCCCACUCCCGCAGAGUUAGAGUGGGAUCCAGCAGGGGACGUUGGGGGCUUCGGGCCCUUGGGGCGAAAGACAGCCUGGACACCAGAGGCUCCCUGUGAGCUAUGUGGCCACAGGGGCCCCCAGAGCAGGGGACAAGGCCUUGAGGUGAGAGCAGGACCCCACAACUCUCUCUCUCCACAGGACAUACUCAUGUUGGGUCUCAGCCAUCGGAAACACUUAGCAGGUCACCAAAGACGCUCCUUGCUCCAGAAGUCUCAGGACAAGGAGAAUCAAGCAUCUUCCAAUCUCCGGGAUGUGAUGCUGGAGGUAGAUUCUGGAGCCCCCACUCCUGCAUCCAGGCGGCCCCUGACCUCCUUCCUCCUCUUCCUCCUCUUCUUUCUUCUUCUGGUGGGUUCCACAUUGCUCCUGCCCCAGUCGGGGGGCCCCUGCUGUUCUCCUGCCCGACUAGGCAGGACACCUUACUUGGUGCUCAACUAUGUCAAUGGUCCCCCCCCAAUCUGAGUACACAGCCAGACAUAUGUAAUAAAUGGUCACUUGUCAAA